AUGCAGGCUCACGGCUCCUCACCCGAAGCCCUGGGGCCAGACGCCUGCCUGUCCGGCUCAGUCUGGGAGGUCACAGGGGCCCCCUGGCUCUACCAGCGCCGAGGGAGCGUCUCGGCCCGGCGGGGGCGGGGCGCGGCGCGGGCCACCAGCCCGCAGUGUACUGUACUGUCUGCGGCCAGCCGCCCACCACCUUCCCACGUCCAGAUGCGCUCCGGGCGGCCCUGUCCUGACGUGCCCCUUCCCCUCUGCUGCCCUGACGCGCACUCCGCCGCGCGGCGGCCAGAUGUGCGGGCUUUGGUGCCGGCGGCUCUUAAUGAGGUCCAGAUGUUUGGCCUGGCCCGGGCCGGCGGCGGCGGCGGCUACCAAAGGCGACGGAGGCCCUGGGAGGGAGGAGCCGGGCUGCAGCUGGACGCGCGCGGUGCUGGAGGAGGAAUGCGCCGGGAAGAAUCCCUGCUGGAAUGCGGGCUCGGGUGGCUCUGCCUAAAUAAGGACCUGGCCUCGCCGCCAGCCGCCAGCCAAGCUGGACGCUCAGCUCCUCCAGUGCUAGUUUUCGGCAGGGGUAAGGACAAGAAGAGAUCAGGCACACGGAAGAAACUGCCAGGGGAGGCCGGGAGCUCCCAGGCGGCUGCCUGGUGUGGCCAGUCCCUGCAGGGCCCCUGGAGCUGGCAGCGCGACAGGAUAAACCAGGCCAGCGAUCGCACCUUACAUGGCCGUCCCCAAGGCUGCCCGGAAUCCCUGGGAUUACGCAGACUUGUGGAAGAUUUGGAGCAAGUGCACAAUCACCUGCCGCCCCCACAAGUGUGCCUGGGCUUCUGCAACCUCCGUCUUGUGACCGAGGAAUUUUUAAAUGGAAGCUCUGAGCUCACGGAGAAGAAAAUGUCUCCCUGA